AUGUCCAGUCCUAGGAGACAGCCUCAUGACGACGGACCACGACCUGAGACGGCUGGGCAAGAUGUGAGCGAGGCGGGUCAGGACAAGGAGAAGGCUCUGCCGGCCGGCCAAGGUGGACCUUCGACAGAAGACGCCGCGGCGACAACAGGCGAAGAAGACAGAAAUCAAGAUGCGAGCUCGCAUGUUCCACCUGGUCAAGCAGAAGCCCCGCAAGAUGGAGAAGAGGAAGAAGAGAUCCCAUACCCAGAACCGGAAGACGAAGCGCCGCUCCUACCACCGCCAGAUUUCAAACCUUUCUUUACUGUCAUCGAGGAUGACAAUGGCGAACACCAUCACCCGACCGUCCAUUACGUCUUCGCUGACGACGAGGAUACCGAGUUCCUUACCAACGCUGCCCUCCAGACUCUUAGCGAUUCAGAACAGCCUAGACAGGACGGGGAGCCAGAGAACCGCUUCGUCAUCCUCGAUCUCGACCCAACGGGCAAAGAAGUCAUCUCUGCAGUCUCCCUAUCGCCCGAAUGGCAGGCAUUGAAAACACAAACGUCGCCCGCCCCGAGUUGGGGCGGCCAAGAUGACAAGAGCACAGAUCGAGGACUGAUGUUGAGGAUCUCGGGACAAGAAGCUAAGAGAGAAGCACUGGUCAAAGGCAGGGCGAAAGGAGAUGUUAAUGGCCUUCUGAAGAUGUUUGAUGAGAACAUGGCUGGGUUGGAUGGCGUUCUUGGCUCGAGCGAUAAAGAUACCCAUGAGACUACGCAUGAGGGGGACGAGGGCGCUGCUGGAUAG